AUGAUAGUUGACUUCCAUUCAGCUGUCAAACUAGUAAGUCCACCUGAAGAUCCGCAUUGUGAUGCAGCACGAAGGAUUUGUGUGUGGUUAAUCUGUAAGUUCAUUCAUAAAAUGGACGACUUUCUAAAAAAAAGAAGUUGUGAAAAUGGUUUUUCGAACAAUAUUUUUCCAGCUAAUACAAGGAUAGAAAUCAAUGGAACCUUGUCCCAAGUACCCUCUAACGUUACCGUGACCCGUGGUCCCUCAGUGGGGGAAUUUAUAUUCAAAUUCAUGGAUAAGGAGUACAACCAUGACAACAACAACGAUGAUGAUGAUGGUGAAUGGGGAACAGCUGGCCCAAAUUCUCAAUUCAAGACCACGUCAACUGCCGUAACAAUGACAGCGGCAAAAGAAGGGAUUUGGAGUAAUUUUUUGCAGGAAUGUUUUGCUCCUGCUUUUUUCUUGAUACUUUGUUCUUACUUUAGUUCUGCCUUUCCAUAUCCAACUGGACUCCAUCCAGCUAGUAAAGAAUUGGAGGAGAUUUCACGUGUUCACUUUAUUGACAUCUUAAGAGAGACUUGGUGGACAGCUCCGCAACGAACUUUUCCAGAUUGUUUUACGGCCGCGGCUAUUGUUGCUUCAAUUAUAAUGAGUUCUCCUGCAGACCAUAGGCUAUGCACCCUACAACUUUCCAUAAAUUUAAAUACAUUGUUAUUCCAUCUUAAAAUCUUCUUGAUUUUAUCUGCUAGUGUAGAAAAUUCCAUGGAAUUACAGGUAAGUUCUCUUAAGAUCACUUAUACUUGGGUAGAGUUCUUAAGUAGUAUUAACAAUUUCACUUGUCAUGGCAUAAUUUUACGAAGAAUCACUCAAGUUUUGUCAACUCUGCAAAAUAUGAAUAUGUUUGGCUUUGAUUAUGAUCCCCUAGCUGGCUCAUUGUGCAUUAACUCUCGGAAAAUAUACACUCAAACAUAUUUAAGAUUGUUUCCGAACAAAUUAAACACUUUUUGUAAGGCGAAUAAUGGUAUUAUACUAAACCAUUUAAAAUGUGGAAAUGAUUGUAACAAGAAAGGAUGUUGGAUUUCGGAGGUCAAGUAUUAA